UAGCUGUGGGGGUUCCUCCGGCUGGGUGUAGAGGCGCUGCGGUGAUGAGUGGAGGAGGCAGAGGCAGAGGCAGGACAGAGCCGGACUGAGGAGGGGGUUUAUCCGCUGAUAUACAGGAGUUUUUCCGGCUUUAUUCUCAGUGAUAUUCCCGCGGGCAGUAGGAGAGGAGCUGAGCGCGGACUCCGGGCUUAAACAUGGCGCUUUUGGGGCGAAUGACUCGCUUUGUUUUCUUCUCAAGGAGCAGCAGUCGUUUUGGUUUGUGUGUCGGUGCGUCUCUCAGAAGUCAGUCUACUGCGAGAGCUGCUGCUGCUUUGGCCACACAGUCCAGUCCAAAAACACAGGAAAAGAGUAAACCUAAGACCGGCAUCCUGAUGUUGAACAUGGGGGGUCCGGAGAAGCUGGAAGACGUUCAUGACUUCCUGUUACGACUUUUCCUUGACAAAGAUCUGAUGCAGCUUCCUGUCCAGAAUAAACUCGGGCCGUUCAUCGCCAAACGCCGCACACCCAAGAUUCAGGAGCAGUACAGUAAAAUCGGAGGAGGAUCUCCCAUCAAAGCCUGGACCACCAUGCAGGGAGAGGGGAUGGUCAAACUCCUGGACAAGAUGAGCCCUGAAACCGCUCCACACAAGUUUUAUAUCGGGUUCCGGUACGUGCACCCGCUCACAGAGGAGGCCAUCGAGGAGAUGGAGGCAGACGGAGUGGAGAGAGCCGUGGCCUUCACUCAGUAUCCACAGUACAGCUGCUCCACCACUGGCAGCAGUUUGAAUGCUAUCUACAGAUACUACAGCAGCACUGGACUGAGCUCUAAAAUGCGCUGGAGUGUGAUUGACAGGUGGCCAACACACCCACUGCUCAUCGAGUGUUUUGCUCAGCAUGUGCGUAAGGAGCUGGAGAAGUUUCCUCCUGAGAAGAGAGACGAUGUGGUCAUUCUGUUCUCCGCCCACUCGCUCCCAAUAUCUGUGGUGAACAGAGGAGACCCGUACCCUCAGGAGGUGGGAGCUACAGUGCAGAGGGUGAUGGAGAAGUUAGAUUUCUGUAACCCAUAUCGUCUCGUCUGGCAGUCAAAGGUAGGCCCGAUGCCAUGGCUCGGUCCGCAGACGGACGAUGUGAUAAAAGGUUUGUGUAAAAGAGGAAAGAAGAACCUGCUGUUGGUUCCCAUCGCCUUCACCAGCGACCACAUCGAGACGCUAUACGAGCUGGACAUCGAGUACUCCCAGAUCCUCGCAGAAGAGUGUGGGGUCGAGAACAUCAGAAGAUCAGAGUCUCUCAACGGAAACCCGAUGUUUUUUAAGGCUUUAGCGGAUUUGGUUCAUACGCACCUGAAGUCGAACGAGUCCUGCUCUCGCCAGCUCAACCUGCGAUGUCCUCUGUGCAUGAACCCGACCUGUGGGAAAGCCAAGGCCUUCUUCGCCAGCCAAUAACUCUGAUCCUUUCCACCUCUUGCCUGCGAACCUCAGUGCCUGGGAGCAGCUUCUCACAUGCUCACGUCGUCCAUCUAAACAACCAGAACCUGAAAGAGCUCCAAAACCCAUUCAGUUAACCUCCUUCAUCAUUUCUUCACCAGGACACUGUUCUGCUGUAGGGAUUAAAAAAAAGCUCUUUCUCUUUA